AUGGACAUCGACUCUCCCCCUUCUCCAAUGUUAGAACACCCCCAUCCUCAUCUCUCCCUACCACCUCUCUCAGCAUCCUUCCCACUCCCAUUCCGCGUUCUAUUCUUGAUAGGUCUAGCCAUUCUAUUAUGGGCUAUCAACCUACAUCUACUCCAUUUAUUAGGUCUCGACCCCGCUUGGAUACUUGAUAUCAGAGAAGAUCCUGAUCCACCUCCUACAUUACCACUUCCAUUAUCUACCGAUGACCUCGAAUUGGAUCCUCUCAGAACACUAGUUCCUCCUUCUCUUUCACGUGAACCGGAUACACCAAGACGUUCAAACGAUGGGAUAUCUCCUCGAUUAGGUGGAGGAAAUGAAGGAGGAAGACCAUUACAUGGACCGAUAUAUAAAUUGUUCCUGAUUUAUGUAGGUUGGGUAGGAGGAGGUUGGUUGUUGUUCAGAACGAUCACAGAGGCGGAUACUGAGAAAAUGGAAAAAUGGAGGGCUUUGGUGGGUGUUAUCGCUUUAGGAGUGGGAUUAGGGAUAGGUUUACCUACUAAAGGGAUUGGGAAGAGAGAGUUGAUCAUGUUUCGACGCGCCAUUCAUCGUAUACUUCUACCCUCCACAACAGCCCCGAUAUUCUUUUCAGACGUCAUCCUAGCUGAUAUCCUUACUAGCUUCGCAAAGGUUCUUGGGGACAUGUGGGUUUCCGCGUGUCAGAUCUGGAAUGGGGGGAUCACCCAAGGAAGAGUAGCCCAGGAAGGUUGGGAAAGAUGGGUGACGUUGAGUAUGGUUUGUUUGCCCUACGUCCUACGAUUCAAGCAAUGUAUAUUCGAAUACCACCAAUCUUCCUACACCUCCCCUCGCUCUCUCGCCAACGCCUUUAAAUACUUUUCCGCUUUCCCCGUCAUUCUCCUCUCCGCCGCUCAGAAAAACGUCGUCUCUGAAAUCGCUUCCGCCAAAGGGAUAACAGUCGCAGAGUUGAGUCUCGAACAUGAUCGUUGGUUUGGUGAACAUCGUCUUUUCCGACUUUGGCUUCUCUCCGUCGUCCUCAACUCGAUGUAUUCUUUCUAUUGGGAUAUCACACUGGAUUGGGGAUUAGCUUUAUGUGAUAUAGAUACUUGGAUUCCUCCACCAAAAGAUUCAUCUUCCUCAGACCAUCUUUCAAUCCCUCGUCCUGCAAGAAGAGAAAGUGUGACAAUUUGGGAAAGAGCUAAACGAUUUAUUCGUUCUGAUCAAUCACAUCAACGUUCUCCUUGUCCAACACCAGGACCUACUUUCAAUCCUCAUCUUCCUCUUCCUGCUCAUCCUUCAAAUCCAACGGUUAACACGGGAGGAGGAAAUAGGAAAUUGUUGGCUUUUGGUUUAAGACAAACAUUAUUAUUACCUGAUCCAUUGGUUUAUCAUCUUUUCGCAAUGGUAGAUUUCGUAUUACGAUUCACUUGGUCUCUCAAAUUAUCAAGUCAUUUACAUACCAUUAGCGAGAUUGAAAGUGGGGUGUUCAUGAUGGAAGCUUUGGAAUUGGUCAGAAGAUGGAUGUGGGUUUUUGUGAGGUUGGAAUGGGAGGCUGUGAAGAUGAUGGAAAGUAGAGGGUGGAGAAAUGGUGUAAGGGAGGAAAGAAGGUUGGAAGGAGGGAGAAUAUUAUUCGAACAGGAUAAAGAACAAGGUUAAGGUUAGAAGGUUUAAUUUUUCUUGAGAGAGUAGAUAGUCAUAUUAUUGCAUUGCAUAUCACAUGAUUUGGAAAGUG